AGAGAGAGAGAGAGAGAGAGAGUAGUGCGUAAAUUUCGUCGUUGAAAAGAAUCUCGGCAAGUUUCAUGAAUAGACUACGCUUAUCGGAUACAUCUUUGUCUUUACAUUUGACAACCGGUUACGACGAUCGGUAAUACCUACCUUCUUCUUGGAUCUAUUUUGCUGGAAGAACAGUUGGGCACGAGCGCAACGAAGAAGGGCGCAACCUGUUCGAAGGUGGCAGUGACAGGGGUGGCGAAGGUCACGGGGUCGGGUCUAAGGGUGGCAUCAUGGACUCUCAUCAGCAACAAUUCUGUCUUAAGUGGAACAGUUUCGGCAUCAAUCUAGCAACGGCGUUCUCGAAUUUAUUCGAAAGCGACAGGCUCGCUGAUGUCACCCUUUUCUGCGAGGGAGUAACGUUCAAAGCGCACAAAUUGAUCCUCGCAGCAUGCAGCAAACAUUUCCAGGAGCUGUUCGAAGGAACGCCGCCUUCUCCCGCAGGACUGAUCGUUAUUCUCGACGGGACGAGCGCAGAUAAUAUGAGAUCGCUUCUCGAAUUUAUGUACCGCGGAGAGGUACACGUGUCUCAAGAUUCUUUGAGCUCUUUUCUCAAGGCAGCGGAAUGCCUUCAAGUGAAAGGGCUAUCGAUCGAGCACGAGAAAUUAGCAGUGGCGCACAGACACGCGGCGGAGAGCAAUAAUUCGUCUACGGACACAGGCGGAGAGGGUGGCGGUGGUGGUGGAGGAGGCACCGAAGUCGGUGCAACAGGAAACGUCGUCGGCGGUGGCGGUGGCAGUGGUGCUGGAGGUGGAGGUGGAGGUGGAGGUGGUGUUGGUGUUGGUGGUGGUGGUGGUGGUGGUUGUGGUGGUAGCAGCAGCAAUAGCAGCAACAAUAACAACAACAACAACAACAUUGGAAUUAGUAGCAGCAGUGCUGGACCUGGUGGUAACCUCGAUGACAAUGCAACCAGCAGGGGGAAUGCAAGUGGUAGUAUCGUUGCUGGCACCGGUGCCGUAUCCAGUGCAAGUACCUCUGGUGAGGGUGGAAUCGAUGACAUUGCUGAUCCUAACGUGGCCGGUGAAGCUACCAUGUUGAGGAACAGUAUAAAAAGAUGCAGAAACGCAACCCCUACGCCUGCGCCUUCCCCAGCACCGGCAUACCCCGUACCCAACAUAUUUCCCCAAUUUUACGAAAGCUCACCCAAGAAGAUAAUGAGAACGCCGAACGAGAUUGACGCGUUAGUUAGGGCGAGCGUGUUGCGCGACGGUGCAACAUUCCGGCCAGCAUCGGCACCGCAACCGCAUCUUUUAGAAAAUCAUUUUUAUCAGCCCUUUGCCCAUCCAUCGGAUACACCUGCGCAUUCGCAUACCGCGCCCCAUACACCAACGGAACUCGAACAAGAAUUGGAACAAGCGCGAUCGGAGGAACGAUAUAAUUGUGAUCACAAGGAAAGCGUCGCGGAAGAUCUACGAAUAAAACAAGAACCUAUGGCAUUAACGGAUCGAGAACAAGCGGAAACAUUGGCCGAAAGAUUAUCGAGCGAGGUAUAUUCCGGUGAUAGGGGGUUCGAGGGUUAUUGCACUAAUUCGAAGCUUUUACUACGUGGUGCGCAAAUGGGAUCCGCGAUGCUAUCGAUACCACCGGCACAUCCACCGACUACAGAUAUCAAACCCGCUUUAACUAGCCCUGCCAUGUGGAAUACGAAGAUAAACAAGGCUGGUACCGUAUCGACACCUGAGGGUAAAAAAUUGAAGUGUCCAUAUUGCGAGAAAUUGUACGGUUACGAGACGAAUUUGCGUGCUCACAUACGGCAACGUCAUCAGGGAAUUAGAGUACAUUGUCCAUAUUGUACGCGAACGUUCACGAGAAACAACACUGUGCGACGGCAUAUAGCACGGGAACACAAAGCUGAGAUGAAUUUAAAAGUUUUUCAACAAACGAAUCAUUCGGUCCCCGAUUCCGUGCAACAGUAACAACAUUAUCCUUGACCUUCUUAUCAUCAUCGCCGUCGUAAUAAUCUACAUCAUCAUUAUUGUCGUCGUCGUCGUCAUCGUCGUCGUCAUCAUCAUCAUCAUGGUUGUUACCCUAAUCUUCGUCCUUAUUAUUUUCUUCGUGAUUUCGUGACUGCACCACCAAGAUAUCGAAGGAAAAGGGAACGGGAAUGAAAUAUUAUCGAUACCACCGAAACUUUUUUUUUCUCUCGGACUUUAUGCUACACGAAGAAACGAAGAAGGAUAUGAGGAAGGAGGAAGAGGUGGAGGUAGAGGGGGGGAGCUUUAUAAUAGUUCUCUCCACAUCACAACCCUUCGACGUUCGACUCGAAUACCGUCCCUUAUCUCUUGAUCGGUAAAAACGCUGUAGUAAGAAGAUGUUCCAACAGAGUUUAUUCAACAAAAAAAUCAGUUAGUAGUAGUAGAAGAGGAAAAUGAUGAAGAUGAUGAUGAUGAUGAAGAAGAAGAA